AUGAACCCAAAGGCCGUGGCCGCGAGGGUGGCAGCCGAGGCGGAGGCGCUCCGCGAGGACGCCCGUGCGCGGAUCGGCCUCGGGGAGGAGCUCAUGCGGCUGCUGCUCCGUCUCGACGGCGUGCACGGUGCCCGGGAGUACCGCAGGAGGGUCACCAGGCGCGUGCUCACGCUCCAGGACGCAGUUGACGCUCUCGAGGCCGCGCCCGCGGUGGUGACCGCCGAUGCGCCGGAAGUUCAGAAUGCAGAGGAAGAAGCAGAGGAUGGGAUGGAACCGGAGUUGGAGCUGCCGGUUGAGGACAACACUGCGGCUGAUCCUCUGGUUGCCGAGACAAGUGACACGGCGGCAAUGGAGGUUGACGUGGCGAGCCCCGUUGUCGUCGUCGUCGACGAGGCCGAGACCGAACUGGUGGCGGAAGGGGAGAAGGCCUCGGAGGCGGAGGGGGAGUGGGAGAUGGUGGCGACGGGAGACGGCGACGUCUCCACUGGCGAGAAGGAACCUACACCACCCAAAGCGCAGCAGCAGCAAGAACAGGCACAGAAGGAGAAGAAAACGGUGACCACCGACGGGCUGGACGCGAAGAAACUGAUGGAGAUGGUGGCGGCACUGUGCGAGCGGAGCGCGCAGCAGUGCACUCUGAUCGGCUCCCUGGCAGAGCGGGUGGACACACUGGAGCGCGCCGUCCGGCGGGUGGAGGAGACCGACCGGCGCAGGCGGAGGAACAAGAAGACCAACAAGGACGGCAAGAAGAACACUAGCUUCUACAGCGACUAG